CACGGCGUACUGCCGCCUACGUGCGGCGGCCAUGGUGGAUCCGCGGCGCAACGCGCCUCGCGGGCGUUCUCCGGGCUGUGGUGUUUCCGCUUUCAAGAUGGUCGUCUAAGCAACCGAAGAGGCUUCCUCCUCCUCCUCCCCCUCUGAGACUCGGCGGUUUUUUUUAACUCUGGAUGUGACGCAUUAAAGAACACGACGGAAGUGGGGCUGAAGGCGUUCUAAAAUGGCGAACCGUACUGUGAAGGAUGCGCAUAGCAUCCACGGCACCAACCCUCAGUACCUGGUGGAGAAGAUCAUUCGGACGCGAAUCUAUGAGUCCAAGUACUGGAAAGAGGAGUGCUUUGGGCUUACGGCUGAACUGGUGGUCGAUAAAGCCAUGGAGUUAAGGUUUGUGGGUGGUGUCUAUGGUGGCAACAUAAAACCGACUCCUUUUCUGUGUUUAACCUUGAAGAUGCUUCAAAUUCAACCUGAGAAGGAUAUCAUUGUAGAGUUUAUCAAAAAUGAAGAUUUCAAGUAUGUUCGUAUGUUGGGGGCACUUUACAUGAGGCUGACAGGCACUGCGAUUGAUUGCUACAAGUACUUGGAGCCUUUGUAUAAUGACUAUCGAAAAAUCAAGAGCCAGAACCGAAAUGGGGAGUUUGAACUAAUGCAUGUAGACGAGUUUAUUGAUGAACUGCUGCACAGUGAGAGAGUCUGUGAUAUCAUACUUCCUCGGCUUCAGAAACGCUAUGUACUAGAGGAAGCUGAGCAACUGGAGCCUCGAGUUAGUGCUCUAGAAGAGGACAUGGAUGACGUGGAGUCCAGUGAAGAAGAGGAAGAGGAAGAUGAGAAGUUGGAAAGAGUGCCAUCACCUGAUCACCGCCGGCGAAGCUACCGAGACUUAGACAAGCCCCGUCGCUCUCCUACACUGCGCUACAGGAGGAGUAGGAGUCGGUCACCCAGAAGGCGGAGUCGAUCUCCAAAACGGAGAAGCCCAUCCCCUCGUAGAGAAAGGCAUCGUAGCAAGAGCCCCAGACGUCAUCGCAGCAGGUCUAGAGAUCGACGGCACAGAUCCCGCUCCAAAUCCCCAGGUCAUCACCGUAGUCACAGACACAGGAGCCACUCAAAGUCUCCUGAAAGGUAUGGACUGAAUACUGUUUUCAAUUUUAGAAACUUAAAUAAUAAAGUCCCAAUUAUAACAAAGUUAAUUUGAAAUUUUGUUUUGAUAAGGAUAUUUGGAAUUUUCCUUCAUUACAAGACAAACUUGAUUUGUUUCUCUGGGUAUUAUUAAGAUUAUAUUAGCAUAUUUGUUCUGUAUUGUUUUUUUCUAACACUGCAAUAUUCGAUAAGUGAUGAAUUUUGGUCUAAAGAAUCCUGAGAUUUAGUCCCAACUUUUUUAACAGUUGAGUGAUCUUGAAUGAGUGAUUUUCAUUACAAACCCUUUCUACCACAAACACUGUUAGGUAAACAGCUUCUUAAGUGUUUCUUCAGUGGUACAUUUUGGUUAGUAAUGCCUGACUCAGAGUUGUCCGCGACAUAGACUACCUCCACACAUAUUUAAUGAAUAUUUUUAUCUCCAUCUUCAUCGGUGUCAGCAUAUUAUAUUGGUCUUUCUCAAAUUUGCUUACUCCUUAAUCUAACCAUUUAUGUGUAAUACCAUUUCAGAUCUAAGAAAAGCCACAAGAAGAGCCGGAGAGGGAAUGAGUAAUGGAUUCAAUUUGGUUUUAGUCCAAAUGGCCUCCUCUGUAUAUGAGGGCAUCUGUCUACGUGGAAGGAUUAAGACCUGCUCCCCCAGGCAGCUAUGAGAAUAUUUUGGUCUUUUCUUAUCAAGUUUCUCCACUCUUUUUUUUUUUUUUAAUGAAAGAGGUGCUGAGUUUUGUAUCUCUUUGAAUCAUAACUAAAAUCUUUGAGGGAUGAUGAUGUUUCUUAAGGUCAGUUUUUGACCGGGCCAACCAUGACUAUAUUCAUAUUUAGAAUAGGGGUUGGAGAUAUGAAUGACAAAAAAAAAGGAUAUGGCCACUUGGUUGACACUAUCCUUUUGUGUUACUAGGCCCCAAAAUACCCAUUUUUCUGUAGUUUAUUUUUGAUUCGCUCUGUCAUUGGAGCUACAUUGAGAAUCCUAGAGUUGAUGUUGCUACAGUUAUCCAAAGAUCAAAUCAACACAGCAGAGCAGCUCCUUUUGUCUAGCAGCAGCAAGUAAUAAUGAAUAAGAAAACGAGGUAGCAGUAAUUUUGCAAGAAUAGAAUACUUUCAGACACAAAGCUGCUUCUGGAUCAUUUAAUCUGGUGCCAUUGAACAGCUUUAACAGACAGUACCCUACAUACAACACAUUUCAUUCUUACCCACAAGCCAGGUUGAGGUGCCUCGGCCUUUAUCAUUCACUGAGCAGUAGGGCAACAAUGUUGAAAAAGAUUUGAUGGAAAAUAUCUAGUAUUAUUCAUGGUUGUUACCUAAAUUGUAAGACACUGAUGCCAUUCACAAAUGUAGAAAAUACAAAAAGAGACAGUUUGAGGGGAAUGAAAUGAGGGCUCUGGUGGUAGGGAAAAUGAUACAUUAAGUUUUAUUUUGCAACAGCUGUGGGAUGGGAUGGCAUAGGGAAUGUGACUGACAUCCUGCAACUGUAGUCUGCCACAGGGAGAACUGUAAUCACCAGCUGCCUUACAGGAACUAGCUUCUUGGAGGCCAUAUUUGAUUACAGGAUAAACAAUUUGUUGCUUACACUGAACUGAAGGACUUUUGUAGCAAUAUUAAAGCAGUUUUUAAUCUAUUCGAGCUUUCAUAUUCUUAAUGGUUCCUCUCAUGGUAAUGCCUGAGCUAAACAACAUUAUCCCUAAAAACUGUGAUGGUUUACGAUAUAACUAUCUGUAGGACCACCAUUUAAUAAUAAACAAAAUUUUCUAA